CGUGCUCCCCCCCGGUCCUAACCCCGCAUAUAGGAAAACUAGUAUUAUCCUUCGGUAGGCUUUCGUAUCACUAAGUGAAUCCGCAGAUCACUGGGAAUGAGCACUUUUGGACCUACGAAGGAUCCUUCACAUCUCGCGAUACGAGCAGCUCGCGGAGACGCGGUCUCAGCUGUGCUGAAUAUAACCUAGGGGUCCAGAUCUCUCAGGGAAAAAAAACAACAACGGCAUGUGUUAUUCACUGAUGGGAGCGAUGUUUGUGUCAUAUUGCCAACUUUAAAGCCAUUGGGACGGGUUUCAGUGGAUAGCAAAAUGAAUAACCGAGCAGGUUCCUUUAUAUGGAACCUCAGGCAAUUCAGUGCUUUAGCUCCAACAAGCAGAGUUGUGAGGCUGUAUCCUUUGGAAUUUUGCAGAUCAAAAAUUGUUUAUUCAAACGGGAGCCCAAGACACCUCUUAAAUCACUUUGAUGAUCAAGUGCAAUCAUCUGUUAGAAAUCUCUUUCAGAAUGCCUUGUUCUUUAAGUCAGGAGAUGACUCUCAAACAAAGAGUUUAGGUGCUAUAACAGCCCUUAGAGUUAGUGGGCUGCUUUGUCCUAGAAGACUAUCCUUUGACUCAAAACACUCUCCUGUCUGUGACGAUGGACUGAAGAAAAUAAACUUUCAUCAUGAGGCCUCCGUUGAAGUUGUUCGCACCAAGGAAACAAAACCCACCCCUGUCAGCUGGAGAAAACUGUCUCAGGAGUGUAAUUCCCUGAGUGAUGUGUUAGAUACGUUUUCAGAAACACCAACAUUUCCUAGUAGUAACUAUUUCUCAGCAAUGUGGACAAUUGCCAAAAGGAUGUCCGAAGACCAGAAACGCUUUGAGAAACAACUGAUGUUUAACCACCCUGCAUUUACCCAGCUGUGUGAACAAAUGAUGAGGGAAGCCAAGAUCAUCUACUAUGACCAUGUGCUGUUCAGUCUUCAUGCCAUAGUGAAGCUCGGUGUUCCCCAGAACACGCUGUUGGUGCAGACUUUGCUGAGGGUGGCCCAGGAACGUAUCAAUGAGUGUGAUGAGAAAUGUCUUUCAGUUUUGUCAACUAUUUUAGAGGCAAUGGAGCCGUGCAAGAAUGUGGAUGUUCUCCGAGCAGGAUUGAGGAUACUAGUUGAUCAACAAAUUUGGAAAAUAGAACGUGUCUUCACGUUACAAACUGUGAUGAAAAGUAUUGGAAAAGAUGCACCAUUUUCUCUUAAAAGGAAACUGGAGAUGAAAGCUGUGAGGGAAUUAGACAACUUUUCUGUGUUGAAUAGCCAGCACAUGUUCGAGGCGCUGGCCUCGAUGGAUCACCGUUCUGUUGCCCUUCUGAAUGAGUGCAGCAAGACGGUCAUAGGUAAUAUCCAUGGGUGUCCUAUUAAAAUGUUGAUCAACAUAGUGCAGUCUUGCAGAGACCUCCGAUACCAUAAUUUGGACCUUUUCAAUGGGAUAGCAGAUUAUGUGGCUGCAACUUUUGACAUCUGCAAGUUGAAACAUGUUCUCUUUCUCCUCAUUUUAUUUGAAAACCUUGCCUUUCGGCAUGCUGGUUUGAUGGACUUAUUUAUGAAGAAAGUAGUGGAUAAACCCGGCUUUCUGAACGUGAAGAGCCUUGUCUCUAUUCUUCAUGUGUAUUCUUCUCUGAAUCACCUCCACAGGUCCCAGACCCAAGAGUUCCUCAACGUCACAGCCAGCGCUCUGACUGGCUGUCUCCACCACAUCUCCUCGGAAAACCUGUUGAGUGCUGUGUGUUCAUUUUGCUUGAUGAACCAUUUUCCCUUGGCUCCUAUUCAUCAGCUUCUCCAACAGGACCUUGUCGACGAGCUGCUGAUGUCAGAUAACAAGGAGAGGAACAUUCACAAGCUUCACAUUUUGGCCGCCUGUCUAAAGCUUGAUGACGUUCCUUACCAGAAGGCCGCAGACUUAGCACUGCCAUCGUCGCCGUCCACACCGUUGCACCCAAAUGCAAAGGUUGCCGAGGUGCUGAGUAGCCUCCUGGGAAGGGGGUACUUCUCAGAAAAUGUACAGUUGCCGCAUAACUAUUACAUCGAUUUUGAGAUCAUAAUGGAUUCCAACAGGAGUCAAGUGCUUCCACUUUCUGAUGUGAAUGUGGUAACUUCUACAGAUAUUCAAAGGGCCUGCUCUGGUUUGGCAGAAUAACGUAACAUAGUAGCUUGCAGCCUGAGGUACUGAGAAGUGAGGAAUCUGAGCAUCCCUUUAAAAAUAUAAUUUUUUUCCUCUUAUCUGUUAUCUCAGAUAACAGCCAGAGUGUAACAGAGGCAGUGGGGAUGCAAAUGUCUUUUCCCCAAAGGCCAAGAACAGUGACAACAUCACAUUACAUAUCCCACAUUUCUGUUACACGUGCAGAUUGUAUCUCUCUCAGGCUUGUCUUUUAGUGUUUUCAUUUGUGUAUUCGGUCUGCCUGUUCCGUCUUUACGUGCUGUCUCUCUGGGAGACAGUCUGUACAAGAAGAGCAUUUACCAUUUGGUAUUAUCUACACCAGUAUUUCUACUAGUGGUGUAAAUAAUUAUAUUUACUCAGAGAUUAGCAAAACCUUAAAAUGGAUGCUUUCAUAUUUGAAAUUUUUCCUUAUCAGGACCAUAGACACCCUAAAAGAUGAUUGAGGGAUAGGUGUGUGAAGCAUUUUUACAAGCUUUUGAUUCCUGAAGCAGUGCUCAUGUACUGGUGGAGUGUCUCCAGAAGCCCAGUGACAAGGAAGGAAAGGACUAAGACAGUGGGGAACGGCGAGGGCGGCGGUCAGUGCAGAGCGAAACCCGGAAGUCUCCGAGGAACAGCAGUAGGCAGGACCGUGAAUGGUGAUCCCAUUAGUAACUGUUGGCAUGCUGUGUGUUUUUAU